AUGGGCGACGAGGCCACCGAGGGGAAGACCGCGGGCCUCCGCCGAGCCGCCGUGGGGGGCACCGCCGCCCGCGCCUUCUGCUGCGGCCUCCUCGGCCUCCUCCUCCUUGCCGGAAUCACCGCCCUCGUCCUCUACCUCGUCUACCGCCCCGCAAAACCCCGCCUCACCGUCGUCGGCGCCGCCGUGUAUGAGCUCAACGCUACCGCCCCCGCCGGCGCCGCCGCCGUCGUCUCCACUCGGAUGCAGUUCACAGUGGCGAUCCGCAACCCCAACCAGCGGUCCUCCGUCCUCUACGACCGCCUGGCCGCCUACGUGGCGUUCCGGGAGCAGCCGAUAACGCCGGCGGCACCGCUGCCGCCUAUGUACCAGGAGGAGGACAGCACGGUGGCCGUCUCUCCCCUGCUCGGCGGCGCCCUCGUGGCCGUCGCUCCGGAGGUGGCCGGCGGGUUGCAGACGGAGCAGGCCUACGGGGCCUUGGGCCUGCGGCUGGUUUUAAUGGGCCGGAUCAAGUACAAGGUCGGGCCAUUAUACAGUGUCUGGGCCAGUAUGUUCGCCCGGUGUGACAUCCUGGUGAGCCUCAGAAGCGGCGCGUACGGUCAGGUGCCCCUCCUCGGCGUCGCCGACUGCUCCGUAAGCUCGUGA